AAACUGCAGAGUGGAAUCGGGUUAGUUUCUCGUCCCGCAAGCGCUUGCCAAACGAAACUUUACGUGAGUUUGGUAAUGCACUGCGGAGGUUGGCGACUAAGGCGUAUCCCUCAGUAGGUGUAGAUACACAGGAUUUGCUGGCCAGAGAUCAUUUUAUUGCACAUGUGGGAAACGGAGAGACUCGUAUCCAACUACGUAGUAUUAAACCUAUCACUCUAGAAGAAGCAAUUAAUAUUGCAAGUGAAUUCGAACUUAUUCAGGGGUUAGAGAAAUGUACGAUAACCCCUGAUGCUCGAGUGCGUGGUUUGCAUAUUUCUGCAACAGAGAGUAAGGUAGAUGCACUGACUGAGGUGGUGGAUACGCUUCGUAAUGAGGUUCAGAUGUUACAAAAAUCGGUGCAGCAACUCCGUGAGGCAGUUCCCACAUUAGUAAGAAAUCACGUCGUUGAACCGUCAGUUAUGAGUGGGGUUGGGAAAAGGCCGGUGCAACCAUUAGGAGGCGGGUGUUGGGAAUGUGGGUGUAACCGACAUAUUAGGAGAGAUUGCCCUUAUGUGCAGGGAAACGGGAGGGGGCAGGCACUAUAGGCCGGAUGCCUGCCCCAAUGCAAGAUAAUUUUUUUCAGUUGGCCUCAUCGGUCCAGGGCAAUUCUGGGAUAUACCUUGCUGCUAAAUUAGGUGGGUGUGAUGUCAAACUUCUUAUUGAUACAGGCGCUCAAGUUUCAAUAAUCCCAAAACAGAGGUGGUUGACCAUUACGAAUGGCGGGGCUCACCUCGAACGUCAUGAGGGUGUGGUUCGAGUAGCCAAUGGGGGGAGGAUGUUGAUUUUGGGGCGCUGGCAAACGGUAUGCCAAUUCGAUUCUUUAACUCUCAUUACGGAGUUUCUUGUGGCAGAUUUGGAGCCCCAGGAAAUUCUGCUUGGCUCUGACUUUUUGCUAAAAUAUGGCGCUAUUAUUAAUCUCGAUCAAAAGAGCUGUCGGGUGAUGGGCAAACAAAUUCCCCUUUUGUUCGGCAAUAACGGUAUGCAGCCCUGUGAUGUGAUGGUGCAUGUUGAUACACCUGUUCCACCUCGCAGUGAAGUUUUGAUUGUAGGGGCGGUGGAAGGGACGUCAGAUAGUUUCCAGGGCAUGUUAGAGCCGUCUUCCUCUCUUUAUAACCAUUGCGACCUUUUGGUGGCAAGGGUAGUGUGCAGGGUGGAACAGGGUAUUCUGCCCAUCCGUGUAAUUAAUGUCACUGAUGACACGCAUAUUUUAAAGCGUGGAAUGAAAGUGGGAAGGCCGGGAUUGCAGAGUGUCGGGGGGGAUCGAAUGGCGGCUGUGGCUGGGGAAAGGAGUGCGCUGCAUCCUGACUCUGCGCUUCUGGCUGAUCCUGUGCUGCAUCCUGACUCUGCGCUUCUGGCGGACCCUGCGCUGCAUCCUGACUCUGCGCUUCUGGCGGACCCUGCGCUGCAUCCUGACUCUGCGUUGCUGGCUGACCCUGUAUUGCAUUCUGGUCGUGUGUUGAAGGCUGUGAUGCCUUCUGUUUCCACUUUGCUGCCUGCCCCCGCAGUGGAGGUGGCUGUACCGCGUGAAUCUGUAGUCCGUGAGUCGCGGUCUGGGACAACGAAUGGAUUUACGGAAGGACGGGGGUCGCGGGCUAGGAAGAUACCGGCCCGGUUGAUGGAUUAUGAUUUAUCUGCUUGA